AUGGCAACAAUUCAAGUUCGUACUACCGUUGGCAUUGUAUGUAUUUGCAUCCUUUUCAACAAUUGCUGGCCUAUUACCGCUAAUAAUUUAGUCUCGAAUCCUUCGUUUGAAGAUAUUCUUAGCAAUCAUUGGACUUUCCAGCAUCGUCAAUCAUUAUGGGAUCUAAAAGCAAUAAAACCCAACGACAAUGACAACAACAAUCAGUCAAUAAGCAUAACAUCAGCACACGCUCAUCAUGGCAAUCGUUCUUUAAUGUUUACAUCAUCGUCAACUUUACAACAGCCAUCACAAGGCUAUACGCCUAUGCUUGUAGCCACGCAAUUUCUAUCUUUUGAUCAAAGUUCUACUGAUGGAAUUCAUAUACUAUAUCACCAUUGGUAUUUAGGCAAAGGUUCAUGUUGGAAAUUAAUGAUCUAUAUUAGAUAUACCGACAACUCUUACCAUCAAGUUCGAUACAGCGGACUGCAAAAUAAAAAAAAUGAAUCCGGCACAGUAACAAAGGAUACUUUUCAGCCAUUUUGUUUGCAUAUUCCCUUAUAUAAAUCAGUGCGACAUAUUAUGAUAUCUAUCAUGUACCAACUUCAUAAUCCCCAGUGUCAAGAAAAUUUAUACAUAGACGACAUCUCGCUAAACAUCAUUAAGAGAAGUAAUGAUAGCCAAAAAAUGGAUUACUGUCAUUUUGAACAAUCUUCCUUUCCUGUCCGUCGACAUACAUGGAAAAGAUUUCAGAUAUCCGAAUUUACUUUGCACAAAAAGACUAGCGGCAAGGAUCCAUUUAUUACAAUUGCAACUCAAAUGACAAUCGACCGGCUACCUACCUUAGAAAGAUUGGUACAACGUUGGCAAGGCCCAAUAUCUGUUGUCCUGUUCGUCCUCAAUGACAUAAGUGGGGUUACUGUUCAAGAUCAUCUACAACAAGUACUUGGAAAGUAUCAUCAAGUUGACGAUUUUCGAAAAUUUAUUGAUUUACACAUUGUAUUUGAAGAUGCAUUAAACGGAAAAGAUAGCGCACUCUAUCCUGUGAACUUCUUAAGAAAUUUAGCUAUCAAAUUUAGUAAAACGUCACAUGUCUAUCUUCUCGAUAUUGAUAUAAUCCCUUCCGUUUCACACGAACAAGCGGUUGCUGCUAUAAUGAAAGCCAGUCAUGAUAUUAAUAACAGAGAGCAUAAUAUCAAAGUUUGUCAAAAAUGCGCUUUUAUUACUCCAUUGUUCAAGCUGAAAACGGAUGCAGUAGAUAAUGACAUUCCUAGAGAAAAAAAUGUCCUGCUUGAACAGAUUCGCAAGGAUAAUCCUCCUAUUGAACCAUUUCAUGCUGUCUCUCAUGCAAUGACUCAAUUUGGUAUUUGGUUCAGUAGUUCAUCUGCAUUUAAAUCUAACUAUAUAGAAAAUAACGAGCCAUACUUCAUCAUUAACAGAAAGUUAUCCCCUAAUAUUAAUAACAUAUUCUCUGGUUAUGGUCGUGAUAAAUGUGCCUAUGCUCAUGAGGUCCAUGCAACUGGAUUCGAAUUCGUUGUUCUACCCCAUGUAUUUGCUGUGGACACACCAAGUACUGGAAACUCUGAGAUAUUAAGCAGGUCAGCAACUCAUGGUGAAUUUUUACCUAUCGAUGUAUUCUUAAAUUCGAUAUUUCACACCAAAGAAGUAAAGGAAGUCUACCACUCGAAACGGAAUACAAAACAAACUAAGAAUGAUAUUGAAGUAAAAAAUGACAAUAACGGUAAAACUGUCGACCAAACAAUAAAGAAAACAUCAAAAAGUAAGAAAAUGGUGAAAAAAGAUAUGAGUGGAUUCGGAUGUAAUGAUGCUCUUAUUAUUGAAACCGAAAGUACAGCGUAUUCCAGUCGCCCGCAAUAUGUUAUCGUGGAAAAGAUGGCUGCAUUAUACGGUACAAUGGUAUUAAUAGAAUUCUACUCUGGUGGUUUGAAUUUAUCUUUCGAAUACAAAUGGUACUUGUUCUUUCAUAAGUUUCCUUUAUUUAAUAUCAUGUCACAUCUGGAUGCCAACAUAAUCCUGAAGUCAGAUAAUAGUCACCAAGAUAAAUUACGAUCAAUAAAUUCAAUAACAACGGAAAGAUACGGAAAAAAUAUAACCAGCCUCCUUCAACAGGUCAGAAGUGAAAGGAGCGAUCCAAUGUUGUUUUGGAUUCCUACGCGCGAUCAAUCGCAACAUAAUAUCAAGACCAUGUUAUCAGCUUGUCUAACCUAUGCCAAGAAAAAGGACAUUAUAAUCAUUGAAGAUGGGCGCCAGGAGUCUUUAGGUGAAUACAAAGAUAGUAUGUGCCAAUAUAAAAAGAAAUGGCGAAUCAAGAUAGAAGAAACCGUUACAAUCAUCAAAUCACCGAAAGUAACUGGACGAUCUCCUGUAAAGUUUCCCCCGUUUCCUACAACUACUCAAAGUAAUAAGCCUCCAAAUUGCAACGAUAGAAGAUAUCAAAGGUGUUUCACCUGUUUAAAGAAUAGAACUGAUUUUAGCAUACAGCCAAUAGAAGAAAAGCCUUCACAAUUUGGCCAAAAAGUUUAUGAAAUUUUACAAAAUUCAACAGCACAUUAUAUAAUCUACGCUGUUGACGAAAUCAUUUGGCUGAGACCAGUAAAUUUUAGUUACGUCUCCUGUCAGCUUCAUGCUGCCGAAGGGAAAAUUGCUAGCGCACAACUGAGACUAGGAGAAAAUAUAAGACCUACCAGGUAUUUGGAAGAGCGAGAUAAAUACAAAGAGCAAAUUUUUCCAGUAAAAUAUGACUCAGAGAUUCUUCUGAUGUACCCAUUCACUCUGCCUUAUGAUAACGGUUAUGUGAUUCAUGUUGAUGGUAUCAUGAUGGCAAGGCUGCAGUUAUUAGAAGAUGGCGAAACAUAUUUGACUUUAUUAAGAAAUCCCAUGGAAUUAGAAAAUACUUGGUUAUGGAAGAAAUUAUCACAACGUUGCCGUCAGUGGCAUCUUUCUUACAAAACAUCUAGACUGGUCAACAAUGUACUAAGUGAUGGUCGUAUUCUUGACCAGGAUAAACCAUCAGAAAAAAGUGAAAGACUCUUAAAAAUAUUUUUGGACGAUGGAAAGCGUGUCGAUGUUAAUAAAACUCGGCAACAGCUACUACGUCAUACUGCUACUCAUACGGUUCACCAAGUCGAUUACAUUAGUAAUUCUUGUUCAAAUAACAGUGAUUAA